AUGUCCCCAUCAUGCUUAGUCUGGGAGAUCUGGAAAGAAAGGAAUCGUAGGCUAUUUGAAGGCAAAGCUAAGAGGCAGGAAUCAAUUCUAAACUCAAUUAAAUCGGCAAUAGUGGACUCAGUCAACUGCAGAAUAGCAUUUUCUUUGGAUCAUUCCAAAGUCUUUUCUUCAUCGGAUGAAAAUAUCAGGCUAAAGUGGCAAGGAAUUAGAAUUCCUUCAUCCUUUGGUCAAAAAAUCAAUGCUAGAAAAGAUGCAACCUGGUCCCCCCCAAAGCCUGAUUGGGUAAAAUUAAACUUUGAUGGGGCAUCCAGAGGCAACCCAGGCCUCUCUGGAAUAGGUUAUGUAAUCAAAGAUCAAUCAAGAGCAAUCACAGGGAAAAUGGCAAAGCUAAUUCCACCAGACACCAAUAAUAUAGCAGAAUUCACUGCUCUGCAACUUGUUUUGAUGGACUGCAUCAACCAUGGCUUAAGAAAUGUUUCAGUGGAAGGAGACUCGGAGAUAGCAAUAAAUGCAAUAAGAAAAAAAACUCCAAACUGGAGACUUCAAGCAAUUUUAGAAAAAAAUUUAGAAAAUUUGACCAGAUUUGAGCAUUUUGAAGCCAAACAUAUCUACGGGGAAGCGAAUGUAGUGGCAGAUGCCUUAUAA